UGCACCCCGUUUCAGCACUGCCUCCCCCUACCGCCCCCUUCUUCCUCACCACCCCCCAGGUCUUUCCACUGCCCACAGGCUACCCACUUUGAAAACCAAUGCUCUAAUUUUUCAAAUCCACUUUAUAUCAACACCCAUCAUUUUCCAUUCUUGUAUCUCCUUUAUUUUUUCUGCACUUGUGUGUACAGACUUUACAAGCUACUUUCCAAGAAUCCAUUUUUUGCAUUCAUUUUUUUUAUUCCAAUAUAUCCCUUCAUAUCCCUUUUUGCUUCAUCUCUGGAUUGCAGUAAUGAUCUUCAACUUUUGGAUUUUCAUUGUGCCUCCUACACCACAAGGAAAUAAGUUUCCUGCAAGACUGUUACUUGUUUUAGGCCUUUCUCAUUGGCUGUUACCACACAGUGAAUUAUUGUUGAAACUGUUCUUUAAUAUUUCAUUCUGUUUCAGAGUGACCAUCAGCAAAAUGAGUAAAAUUUCAGCUGUGGCAAAUCAUCGUUUGCGCUCUGACUAUCUGAGAAUGAAAACAGAUCCGAUACCCUAUAUCAAUGCAGAGCCUUUACCAUCCAACAUUCUUGAGUGGCAUUAUGUGGUGCAAGGUCCAAAAGACAGUCCUUACUAUGAUGGGUUUUACCAUGGCAAGUUGAUUUUCCCAAUGGAGUACCCAUUCAAACCACCCAGUAUCCUGAUGACUACUCCCUCUGGUCGUUUUAAGACCGACACUCGACUUUGUCUUUCCAUGUCUGAUUUUCAUCCUGGCCGUUGGAACCCUGCUUGGUCUCCAGCAACAAUCCUCACUGGUCUCCUUUCCUUCAUGCUUGAAGAGGCCCCCACGACUGGUAGCAUUGUCGCUUCAGUAGAAGAGAGGAAAGAAAUGGCCAUCAAAAGCUGGCAGUUUAAUCUAGAUAAUAAAAUAUUUUGUGAGCUCUUCCCCGAAACAGUGAAGAUAAUCAAGGAGAAACAGCAAAAACGUCUCAACGAGUUGGCAAUGCAGUGAACACUUAAUCUGUCAGAAAAUCAUGAAAGAAUGAAUGGCCUAUUUAAUUUAAUUGUCAAUCGUGCUGCACCAUGCAUUCUUUCUGCUCAUCUGUGCCCUUCUCUUCCCAGACCAAACAAUAUGAAUCUUUGAGUGUUAGUUAGGCCGUUAAAAUAUAAAGUGAGUAUAAUCCGUCAGCUUCACUCAUCACCCUUGCAUUAUCCUAACCUACUACCUAACCCUACUACCUACUACCUAACCCUACUACCUACUACCUAACUUCAUUUCAUGCUGCACUCGCUGCCGCUAUCUAUGGCGUGCAUAUCUUGAGUGCUGGCGCUAGAAUUUAUCCAAUAUGGCUUCCUCAGUAGUGCCCAUGUAGUUUCAAACAUCCUCCAGAUGUGCCUUAGACUGAACCGUGACUUUUUAAUAUCAAUAAUCAGUAUGUUAGAAUAAUUCCAUCAACCUGAAGUUUUGUAAGAGUAUGAUGCAGUUGUGAGCAACUGAUGCAAGCAGCAACACCCACCUAAUUACGUCAGCUAGUAGCUGGAACUUGAGCCUUCAAUAAGCACUCAUUAAAAUGACUAAUCCCUUUAUGAACAUUAAACGACCAAUAAUUUAUUUAGGCUGUCAAUUUUACUUAGAUAAGAGAAAAAGAGGCUGUUAGGUAAUAGUGAACAUGAUCUCGAGAGCAAUUUUUUAAACUUAGGGUUAGUGAGGAUUUGUAGUAUUAGUGCCUAGUUCCUAAUGUAAUUUAUUUUAAGGACGAUCGGUUUCAAACCCUAUAAAUGACGAAAAAAAUGUGAUCUAAACAAUUCAAUGUUCAAUUUCCAUCAUUCAUUAUCAUACCUGCUCUCUUAAAAAAUUGAACCAUACAUUUCAGUUAGCUCUUGGUUUAAUUAUAUUUAAUUGAACUUAUCAUGUUUAAGAUCAUGGCUCCUAUUCAUGCUAUUCAUGUAUUGUACAGUUAUGCUUACAACGGUUGCAUUAUUCAGACGUCAUUAAGCCGUUAUCAGCAGUGAAACGAGCGCUGGGAUCAGCUAGCUGGCAUGGUAUUCAUUUCGGAUAAAUAAUUUGUCCGAGCAACAACUUAGUUACGAGUGUUCAAUUUAUUUUGAAGCCGAUUUCAUAACGAGAAGCAUUUAAUGAAAAGAAUAUUCGUCAUUUCAUAUAUUUAUUACGAUAGUAUUAUGAUAGUGAUAGAUUUUUUAAUAAAAUAAUGGUAAAAUUCAGCUGUCAAUCGUGCUACGCCUCGAUUAUUAACUUAAUAAUAAAUAUAUUUCAAUAUU